AUGCAAGAGGUUCAUGGAUUCGCUGACGCAUCUGAGCGAGCAUACGGUUGCGGCGUAUAUAUUAGAUGUGUCCAUAAUUUCGAUAACGUAAACGUGCAGUUAUGGACUGCCAAAUCGCGUAUUGCUCCGUUAAAGACUAAAUCACUGCCGCGGUUAGAGCUUAUGGCGGCUCACUUGUUGUCGUUGUUGAUGGUGAAGACAGUGGAGAAUUUGCCGAUGAUGUCGGAAGCGAUUUAUUUGUGGAGUGAUUCGGAGAUAGUCUUAGAGUGGUUAAGUGCUCAUCCAUCGACGUGGACCACUUUCGUAGCCAACAGAGUGUCGUCUAUUCAAGAAGUAACUAAGCAAGCUAUUUGGCGUCAUGUUCCUUCGGGGCAGAAUCCAGCGGAUAUUGUGUCGAGAGGUGCGUAUGCUGAUGAAUUAUCGAACUCAAUUUGGUUCACAGGCUCACCGUUCCUUAUGAAGCCAUGCGCGGAAUGGCCUGCGAACAAAAGACAUGGCAAAGAUGUACAGGUUAACGAAGAGAGGCGAAAAAGUGCUACCUUGCUGGUAGCCGAAAUAAAUUCAAACCACUUCUUGCAUUGGUUAGAAGGACGAAACGACUUCAGGCAAACGCAAAGAAUCGUCGCUUAUUGUCUUUGUGUGGGACGUCGCAUAAAAGGGGAGCAGGGUAAUCUUCCUCUACUGACGGCUGAAGUAUUAGAUGAAGCAAUGAUUCGCAUCGCAUACUGUUUACAACAGCAUUUCUUCGCCGCAGAAUACCGCGAACUGAAAAAGAACAGGGAGAUACCUGCUUCAAGUAAAGUGAGAAGCCUCUGCGUAUUCAUUGAAGCCUCUUGUGGGGUGGAAGUUCUGCGAGUUGGGGGUCGAUUACGAAACUCCGAUUUACCAUAUGAUGUUAAAUAUCCAAUAUUGCUACCUGGCGUUAGCAGCUUCGUACGCAGCUUUGUACGUUUUGUGCACAUCGAAAAUAAGCAUGUUGGAACUGAAGCACUGAUCGCUUCUGAAUAG